GCUGGCAGACGCUGCUGGCAGUCCCGAUCGCGAAUCGACGCUGCCCACGCCGACGACCACGACGAACAGCGGUAGCACUUCCAUCUCGACCACCGCCCCCGCCGCCGCCGCCGCGUCCGCUUCCACCCCUUCUAACGAUCUUUCUCUCCGAAUCCUGCGCCCCGCGCCCGCGCCCGCGCCCUUCUCGCCCAGCGCGACGUUAGUCUACUCGUCGCGGAGUCGCGCUCCUUCGAAUGUUGACUCCAUAAUGCAGCCGUCCACGCCCGGUGGACAUGGGCAACAGCAGCAGCAGCAGAGCCAAUGGCCCCCGCCUGGGUCGCGGCAUGCUGCAGAUGGCCAGCAGCGAGCCUUCCUCCCACCGCCUCCGCCCUUCCAAGCCUCCUCACAGCAGGCCCUGGGCUGGCCUCCACCACCACCAGGGCAAUUGCGCACUCCCAUCGGCCAAUUUCAUCCUCCGCCGCCUCCGCCAGCAGGCUAUGGCUAUUCGUCGCAGCAGCGCUCUGGCUAUGGGCCGGCGCAGACUCAGCCCCGGGAGCCGCGAGCAUACGACCCGAGUGCAUACUCCGAGUACUUUCAGCUCCCGCCUAUGCCGCCGCCGGACCAGCCUUUGACCUCUGCGACGUAUAUUCCCGGAGGUGAGAGCUUCGGACCAGGUGUGGGAAUUCCUCCCUUACACGAUAGUAGGACACCCGUACCCAUGCCCGUACAUCAGCAGUCGAGGCCGGGCCCCAUUCCGUACCAGCACCAGCACAACCAGAGCUUUUAUCGGGGUGGAUCGGAGGAUUUCAGUGCUCACAAUUCGUUCCAGCCAACGUACAGCACUUCAUUUGGCCAGCAGGACGCUGCCGAGAGGUCGUGGUAUACUCCCCACCACACCCAACAACAACCUCCACAGCCCACCGCGUCUGCUCCUCCACAGAGCACUUUUGCCCCUCCGACCCCCACGCCGGGCAAAGCAAAGGCACUUAUUGCGCCUGCAAAAGAGACGGAGCAGCAUGUGUCACCCGCCCACGACCAGAGGACUGUCUUCUCGCAUUCGAGCUUCAGUCAGCACACCGAGAGCAGCAGUGGCCUGACGAGCACAAACCGGGACCAUUCGUCGUCGGGAGACCUCCCUCCUGCUUCACCUGCAGACCAACAAUGGCCCGCUGAGCGCAUUCAAAUCUGGCUCGAAGCCCACAACUUCUCCAAGGAGUGGCAGGCAGCCUUCCAGCAUCUGGGCGUUCACGGUGGAUCGUUCCUAGACAUUGGGAAAAGUGGUGGCCAGAGAAAUAUUGGCUUCAUGACUACUACAAUACUGCCACAAGUUGCAAGAGAGUGCACCUCGAACGGGAUCAUGUGGGACCAGGGGAAAGAACGUGACGAGGGCAAAAGGUUGCGGAGAUUGAUACGGGAAGUCAUUAGGAGUGGUGGAGCAGGAACCCCCCAAACUGCAGCGACGACGAGCACAGCGAGCUUGCCUUUGCGUGCAAAUCGCAGAGAGUCCCAGUCCAACUUCAACAACUCGGGCAGCGCGGGCACCGAUGGUAAUGUGGAAAGCUCGCCCAACCUGUCACGCACCGAGGCUAAUGCAUUUGGCUCAACACCUUCGACGGCUGGCGGUGAUGAUUCGCCCGGCGCCAGGAUGCCCAAUAUCACCAAAGGAAGUGCGGCAGGUUAUCGGUCAUUCACGCUGGACUCUUUUGAACAGAAACGCAGCGCGGAGUCGAGAAAUGCACUGGGUGCUAUCGGCGAUGUGAAGCGACAUCACUCACCCACCGGGGGAGGUCUUCAAGUUAGCCCACAGCAGAGUCCUGGCUUGGCCCAUGUCCGGCCGCAUCCAAAUGGCCACGCGCGGACCACCAGUGGUACUGGGCAUUUCCGGGGACCUAGUAUGGGUGCAGCCUCUGAUAGUGCCAGGUCUGGUAAUGGCUUCACAGAGGAAUACGCCUCCAGAACUGGCCACGAAGGCUCCAGGCCACCUCCGUCUGAUAGCGGCAGAGGUAGCAGCCGAGAUACGCCGCAAAGUGCCACUGGUCGCGAGCAUCGAACAGGUAUUUGGGCCAAGUUUCGACGUGAUCGGAAAGGCAAGGACGCGGAGCACCCUUCGCCAGAAGAUGAACACGCACCACGAAGUCCCAAUCUGUAUGGGCCGGGCCAAUUCAAGUCCGCAUCUGAAGUGUCACUCAAUGACAGGACUGGUAAAAUAAAUCCGGAUAUUGUGGAGAACCUUGCACCCCAGCCACGAGGAAGACCUGUUACCAGAAAAGACGACAAGAAGUAUGUGUUUGUUACACCAGAUGGCUGGAACUACCGUCUCAUAGAUGUCACGGACGUCGAUGACGCUGCACAAUUGCGGCUGGUGAUCUGCUACAAUUUGGGCAUUCCAGAUAGCGAUGAUAUCUCAGUUCAUCUGACAUCACCGGGAAAGGAAGAACAUGAAGAGGAACUCAGCGACGACAUGCUCAUUGCAGCCAGGGCUCGAGUCGCCGAUGCAGGCGGAAGCCUGAAGCUAUAUGUGCGUGGGCCAAACACUGGUCUCGAGCCGCUGCCAGCCAGCUCCGGACUUGCUCCUGGAGCAGUGCCGCAAUCGCCUUUCGCCGGAGCUUCGUUCUCGGGCAAGCCUCUCGAUGAAGAGACCUUGGACCGCUUGCAGGGAAAUGGGCGAUCAGAUCCAUCGUUGCCAAUACCCGCAAUCAAGCAGCCCGAGAGUCCUGAACCAAGCGGAAAGAGGAACGGCUUAAUCGCCAAGAAAGACAGUGAAAACAUGAUUAAGCGCCAGGAAGACUUCCUGAACAGUCACUUCCAGAUGCUGCCUGCAGACAAGCAAGCCGAGCUACUGGCAGAACGUGCAAAGCAGCAUCGCGAGGAUACAGAGCGCAAGCGUAAAGAGUACCAAGCUCGAAGAAUAUCCAAUAUGUUAAACAUCAAUGGCAAGCAGGUGUUUGAUUUUGAUACGCCCAGAGCGCCAAUCGAUCAUGCGCGACCAGUAUCCUCUGGCUCAGGCUCGAAUGAUUUCGAGCGCCGAACAGACCUGCAGCCGGUGCGUAAAGCACCACCUGUGCCCGAACCGACUGCGACGCUGGUCAAAGCAAACAGUUUGACCAAGAAAGGCGGUCCAACCGCUCGCACCAGCUGGCCGAAUCGACGCGACGAGUGGAAACGUAACUCUAAUGGCUCCAUACUUGAAGAAGAUGGCAAGAAGUCUGGCUCCGAAGGUAUUGGUGCUGCGCUGGCGGGCGCUGGCAAAGCUGCAGGCGCUAUUGCUCAUCCGGGCAAUGGACCUCAUAGCGCGCCUCCGGGCAAUGCGCCUGUGAUGCCGUCUGGCCUUCAAAAAUCAUUGACAGCACCAGAUCUUCUUGCGGGCGAGGGCAGCCAGUCCCAAGGAUCGUUAGCUAAGGCUGGAUUUGGUCGUGAGAACUCUCGCCACGGCCGCUCAGGCUCUCCGCGCAGUCCUUUCACAGUAUCGAAAGGCGGUCAAACAUUCCGAGUGCCUGAUUAUGUCGAACCUGAGGACGAUGAAGACACCCUUAAAGCGAGCCAAAGACCUGGGUUGGCACGACUACGCAUGCCGUCUAAUCCUGCCAUUGAUAGAUUACGAGAUGAACCUGGGCGUACUCACAGUCCGCCACUAAGUCCGAACUCGCAGCACUCAGCCUCAGCGACGGGGCUGAGCAGAGUAGUCAGUAAGCGCGGUCCCAGCUUCGAUGUGCCGGAGAACACAAUCGAAUUCCACGCGUCUCCGAACGUAGGCUACGAAGACUCUGACGAUGAUUCCGAUGAUGGUCUUUUCGCUAUUCCCCUUGCUAAGCAGAAGGAGAAGGUAUCAAUGUCUGCAGGGCUUUCAACGAAGAUGUCGACUAGGGCUCCAUCUGAUAAGAAGGCUCGGGAGAUAUUGGGCAUGCCUCAGGUAUCGUCCGCACGAUCGCCGAGUAGACCUCCGCUUAAGAUCCAGACAUCCAAGGCGACUGUCAAAUUUGAGUCGCCCAAGGUUCCAGCCCUGGAAAAAUAUGGACCGAUUGGGGAAGGUACAGACAGCGGCGACAGCCAUUAUCCUUACUCUGCCUCCACCACUGGGCCCUGGUCUGCGGAUUCGCCCUCGGAUUCUGUGCAGUUCGACAGUCGGCGUGGUAGCAUAGCUUUUGACAGCAACAACUGGGCCAAUCGUCCACCUGUGGAAGACAUCGCUGAGCAACUAGACAACUUCUUCCCGAACGUCGAUCUCGAUCAACCCAUGGGAGAAGACGGCGAAGCUGCCGAAGAAGAUGACAUGGUACCAGAAGAGAAGCCUGCCGCACUACAACCAGAGCGUCCUUCCUCUGAAGUGAGCGGUUCUCGAAGUGUCACGCCCUUGUCGAACGUAUCCAAUAUCGAUGACCCAGAUGACACUCUCGGCAGUGACGAGUCAACCCUCAAGAGCAAUAUCAGCUCCGUCGCUCACCGCAGCAUACGCAAAUCUGCUAUCGGGCUUGGUCGAUCUAAGAGCAUUCGUGAUGUGGUCAAGAACAACUAUGCCCAUGGCAGUUUGUCGCAUCGUCCCUCCGUGUCCUCUAUUGCCUCCAGUCGGCAUCCCAGUGUUUCCAACCUCACCUUCCAGCAGCCCAUACAGAAUAGAGUCAGUACCUUACGUAACGAUGUGAGUAGCAGCAUCGUGCGCCGCAAGUCCACCAAGAUGUUCGGCGCCAAGAUUGAACAAGUCAAGCCUGCUCGAGGAAGUCGGCUCAUCAACAACCUCGAAACCAUCCCACAAGACCAUAUUGGAGUUUCCAAGCCUGAACGACAACCAACGUUCAAGUGGAUGCGUGGUCAACUCAUAGGCAAGGGUACUUUUGGCAGAGUUUAUCUUGGUAUGAACACAACAACUGGAGAACUGCUGGCUGUCAAACAAGUCGAGGUUAACCCGAAGUCUCAAAAUGCCGAUCCCCAGAAGGUGAGGGAAAUGGUAAAGGCUCUUGAUCAGGAAAUCGAUACCAUGCAGCAUCUCGACCAUGUCAAUAUUGUUCAAUAUCUAGGAUGCGAACGGAAAGAGUACUCGAUCUCCAUCUUUCUGGAGUAUAUCUCUGGUGGUUCUGUUGGUUCUUGUCUACGAAAACACGGCAAGUUUGAAGAGCCGGUCGUCUCUUCCCUCACACGACAAACACUUUGCGGACUUGCGUAUUUACAUUCCGAAGGCAUUCUCCACCGAGAUCUGAAGGCGGACAACAUUCUUCUCGAUCUCGAUGGAACCUGUAAAAUCUCCGACUUUGGCAUCAGCAAAAGAAGCGCGAACCCUUACAACAAUGAUAUCACCAAUUCCAUGCAGGGAAGCGUGUUCUGGAUGGCACCUGAAGUCAUUCGAGCACAGUCCCAGGCGCUCAAUGUGACAGGUGGAAGCAAUACAAGCAUGGACACCAUUUCUAGUCAAGGCUACAGCGCCAAAGUUGACAUAUGGUCGCUUGGAUGUGUGGUGCUGGAAAUGUUUGCGGGACGACGUCCGUGGAGCAAAGAAGAAGCCAUUGGAGCAAUUUACAAGCUCGGAAGCCUGAACCAGGCUCCACCGAUCCCAGACGAUGUGUCGACCGUGGUUGGACCCGCUGCCUUGUCGUUCAUGUACGAUUGUUUUACGAUUGACCCAGGCGAGCGACCUACAGCCGACACAUUGUUACGUGCUCCUUUCUGUAUAUUUGACCCCCACUAUGCGUUCUUGGACACGGAACUGUAUGCAAAGAUCAGAGGUGCUUUCUAGGUGUCUGUCCAUGAUCCUCGCAAGCCUUGCGGUAGCUGUCGCCCUCCUAGCACUACUGCUCUCAGUAUCACGUUGCGAAGCGGGAAGAGUUGUGAAUUUCCGCCUCGAAUACGAAGACCUGAGACGGUAGAUGAAGAGGCUUGGAUGUGAAGAAGAAUUGCAUCUGUCUUGAGUGGUUUGCGAUGUGCGUGUACGAGAGCUUGUAUACAUGUAGGCAAGACUUGCGAAGGAGGAAGCGAAGGAAGGAAGCAUAUCUUACGAUGUCAUGAUACAAUUAGCGAGCGAUCUGGCACAAGUUGUCUGUAAUAGAUAAGAGUAGCGUUACUAAUAGCACAGAGGGAUAAAGGGAACGGGAUAGUGGUAGCAGCAAUACUCUUUCGAACUCCGGCCGACUAGAGACGAAGGCCAAUACUAGCACUGCAGU